GAACAGCAGCAGGAUAAACAGUUCAGCUCUGAAACUAAUUAAUCCGGAUUUUUAGAGAAGGAUAUGGCGGCGGAAUGUAUUAAACAGUGCUGCAGCUUUUUCCUGAAGGAGAAGGAGAAAGAGCCAGAGCCCCAGAUUAUUAAAGCUCCAUUACCUGAGAAAGAAGUGAAGGAAAACGAAUGGAAGAAGACUGUAGGCGUGUCUGAGGAUUAUCUCCUCUCUAAACUGCCUCCUGAUGGAAGAGAGGUCCCCUUCGUCCUCCCCUCUAUCAGACAGUCCUACAUACAGCCCAGAGGACCUCCAUACCCCAGCUAUCAGAGUUCAGCAUGGACCACAUAUGCGGAGAGGAAGGCGGAGCUUGCAGCAGCUGCUGGUCAGUUCGUCUAUGACCCAAAUGUACCUGUUCUCCCGGGUCAUGUGAUCAGCUUCGUGUCUCCGAGGUCUGCGAGACGACCCUUUAUCAGAGGCAACCCUGGUGGCCAGGGGUCAGCUUGGGAACAGAGUGGACGACAAAAACUCAGCGCCUCAAUGUUGGAUCUGUCCAGUCCUCUUGCCCACAUGCAGCGCUACGACUCGGUGUCCAGUGUCCCGAGCAGCACGUCCUCAGUACGGGAUUCCUUUGGGAGCAGCCGUAGUCUAGAGUCCAUUACGCUGUCUGGUGAUGAGCGGGAGCUGGGGAAAGUGUGUGUGCUGCUGAGCUAUAAGGAGCCCGUGGAGCAGGUGUGGAUCACUCUGGUGCAGUGUAAGGACCUGAGUGUGUGCACGGAGGGGGCAGAGCAGCAGAAGGUUGGGAUUAAAGGGGUCAUCACCAUGGCAAAGCCUGUGCAAUUUAAAACUUCAGUAAAGGAUGCAACACCAGACAUGGUGUUUAUGGAGACGUUUGUAUUCUCGUUAAACCUGGAGCAGCUCUGUAGUUCUACACUGGUGCUGCGACUGCAAGCACACACACCACGCAAGUUCACACUGGGGGAGUGUGUUUUAUCCCUAAGAGAGCUCGGCCCAGAGGAGACCCAACACUGGCUGGACAUCAAGCUGCCCUCCAAGCCACGCGUUUGUCGUGCUGAGCUUCAGUUGGCUACAUGCUUCCAGGCGGUCAGCAGUCGGAUCCAGCUCCAGAUCCUCAGCGCUCAGAAUCUUCCUUCAUCAUCCUCCCUUCUUACACAGAGUUUCUUUGUGAAAGUGGAGAUGUUUAGUGGUGGGCACUUCAUUCUGAAAAGGAAGACCAAGGCGGCCAAGUUAUGUGGAGGUCAGGUCCAGUGGGGUGAAUCAGUGCUUUUACCAAUUACCAACCAGGACCAUAACCUACAGCUGUACAUCAAACUCUACAGCCGGGGGUCCAUACGCAGGAAACACUUCCUUGGACAGGUCCUUCUUGGUUUUGACAGUCCUUCACCAGAAGCUGUGGAACAGUGGAAAGACUCCAUCUCACACCCUGAGAAAAUAGUGACUGCAUGGCACAGGGUCAGACACCCCUGAGAGACAGAAAGACAGUGAGAGAGUGUGUAAAAAAGACAGACAGGUAGAAAGACAGGCAGGUACACUGGACACGACACACUGUGUACACACUGGGUGCCCAUGGGAUGAGAACAGGCGUGUGAUCAUGUACACACACAGGUAUGGUGUAUGUGAUGUCUCGGCACUCUUUCUGCCCAGAGAAAUGCAAAACUGCCGCCGGAUUAACGUCAGAAAAGUGUUUUUCUGUGUGUGUUUUUAUGACUUGCCAGAUUCGGGGCUUCACUGGCAUUACAUACUGUAGGAUAGACAACUGUGAAAACAUAAGACUAUAAAACACUUAAAAUUAUCAUAUAUAUCAGUUUUCUUUUGUAAUAUGACGUAGAUUUAGACAAAUUACACCUCUGCUGUUGAUUUUAGCAGAUUAUUUGGUCAUUUUCUCACUAAAAUAUUUGCAUUUUAGACAUGUUACUGCAUUUCUAAUAAUAAUCUAGAUAGAUCUUACAUUAGUUUCUACAUUUGACAGAUGUUUGCAUAUCGUCAUCAUUAGAUGUGAAGAGAAAAGUUACAGAUAUUGGUCCAUUGAUCCCAUAUCUGUGCAUUUGUGCAUAUUUAAUACUGUAUAGUGUAAAAUCGGUAGUGUAGAUGAACAUGAAUUGCACCUCAGCUAUAGCUUUUUUUUAUAUAGUCAUAUAGUUUACUGCUUUUAUAAGCCUACAAAUUAAAAGUUUGAUUACUAAUACUAAUCUAGGUUGGUCUUGUCCCGAUAUCUAUAUUUUUUUUAUUAUUUGUGUAGCAUACGGCUCUGGAAAAAAAUAAGUGAGUUUCUUUAAUUUAACUACAGUAUAUUAAAAAACUCUGGAAUAUAAUCAAGAGGAAGAUGGAUGAUCACAAGCCAUCAAACAAAGCUGAACAGCUUGAAUUUUUGAAUAACUGUGAUUAAAACCAGAGUUAAACCACCAAAUAUUUUUUUUCUGAACACUUAAAACUUUAUUAAUAUAAACUUGUUGUCUUUCCAUUAUUUUGUUAUUUCAGCCAUUACUCAUUUUCUGCAAAUAAAUGCUCUAAAUUAAGAUAUUUUAUUUGAAAUUUGGGAUCAAUGUUUUCUGUAGUUUAUAGAAUAAAAUAACAAUUUUCAUUUUACAUAUACCUAAAAAAAGCUAAAUCAGAGAAACUGAUUCAGAAACUGAAGUGGUCUCUAUAUUUUUUCCAGAGCUGUAUAUCGGCCCACUGGUUCCAUAUCUGCUCAUCCCUGGUUACACUAUUAAAGCAUGUGCUCAUCAUUUCUACAGGAACAAAAGAAAGUAACAAAUAGAAACUAUCAGCACAGUUGUGUUGAUGUAAAACACAAUGUGCACAAUUUCUCAUAACCCAUGCAGCUUUUUGUGGGUCACAGAUGGCUGACACACUUUUAAAAAAGCUUUUAUUUUUAGAACCUAAAAGUGUUGUGUUUUACUCCUGAAUUGAAGGAAAGUCAUAACUGCUCAGUUCUUCAGUUCAUCACGUUUUACCACAAAGACCAUGAGAGGUACUAUAAUACAACACUGAAUAUUGUAUGUAUAUUCUAUUUAUUCAUAUAUGUGUAUAUACUAUAUUUAUAAAGUAAAUAAAAUGUUCUAAAUUCAGUGCAUAUGCUUUAUCAGAGUAUCCAGAUAUGGUUCAUUUACUUUGCACAUUUGUACUCUUGUAUGCUUUGUUGCGUGACGCUGUAGAAAGGCGUUACUGUAUUAUUAUUACGUAAGUAUCAUUUUAAUAGGUGUUUGAGCUCCAUCUGUUUUAUAGUUACUAUGACUGUGCAUACACAGAAGGGCGAGUUAUCAAAAUCUGGCAACCUGACAUUACAGUUGUUAAGCUUUGGGCUGGAUCUUUGAUGGAUUUCUGAAUGAGAAGUGUGAUGUGGAACUGAGCUGAAAUGAAGUGGAGAGAGCUGUUAUUUCUCCUCAUUUGCAUAUAUAUAUUAUAUUAUAUGUACUAAUGUAUGUAUUAUUACUUACAAAAAACCCUUUAUGUAGUGUCUGUUUAAUCAAAGAAAAUAAAGUC